ACCAAAAAGUUCUCCGAUGACCAGAGGUAACGUAUGAGAGAGCAUGCACAGGAGAGAGAGAAAUUUUGAACCUACAUUGGCACGCAUCUCAAAAUGGGGUCCAAAACCUUCUCUCUUUUUUUUUUGUCAUUUUGAUGGGUGCCAAUACCUCCGCCCGCAAUAAAAUCAUUUGAAAUUCAAAAACGGAUACGGAGUCCAAAAGCCGGUGACAGAAACUCCUCUCCGGGGCGAUUCAUCUUCUCCAUUUCAAACACUCAGCCGGGAUAAGAUGGCACCCGACGUCGUUUCCGAGGACAACAUUUACGAAGAGGCACGCAGGCAACGCCUCCAUGACAAUCAGAAGAAGUUUGAGGAGUUGGGGGUUUUAAAAAUCUCAAAAACACUGUCUAACCUCACUAUUCCUGCGAAGAAGUCUCAGCCACGACAAUGGAAGCUCAAAUCGCAAAGUACUCCAACUGUUGAACCAAGACGUUCUUCCCGCGCCCGCAAUCCUGUUCGUUCAUACUCUGAUGAUAUGGCAAUAGACAUUCCACUUUUGCGGAAGAGUAAUAGGUCUCAUUCGUCAUCAUUCUCAACAAGUUAUCUUGCAAGGCCACUAGAUGAAGUUAAAAUUGCUUCAUUUGAGGAACGCAAGAAGGCUCUCCAUGCUGCGGAGAAGAUCCAAAGUAGUCUACAAUCAGAAAAUCCAUCUUUUGUCAAGUCCAUGGUUCGCUCUCAUGUUUAUAGUUGUUUUUGGUUGGGGCUGCCUUCUCAGUUUUGCAAGGAACAUCUAUCCAACAGGGGAUCAGAAAUGGUUUUAGAGGAUGAAAAUGGCAAUGAAUAUGAUGCUGUCUACAUUGGCAGCAGGGCUGGACUUAGUGGGGGCUGGAGAGGAUUCGCAUUGGAGCAUAAACUAGAUGAUGGUGAUGCCCUUGUAUUUGAAUUGGUUGAGCCAACAAGACUGAAGAUUUACAUUGUUAGAGUAUCAUCCCUUUUAAGUCAGCGACACAACAUGAAUAUCGAGGAGAAAGAACGUUCCACUGUUGCACAGAAAAGGUCAAAGAGGAAUGCAAAUCUUGCUUCGAAUGCUUUUGAACACGAGAAAGAUGGCAAUCCAAGUUCUUAUAAGCUUCGGCUACAAAGCAGAGCAGUUAGUGGGGGAAAUUCUGAGGAUGCCAACCUAAAAAAUAAUGUUGCCAAUAUGAAGCUGAAAGGUGAUGCAAAACUUUCUGUGAAAGCUAUUGAACACAAGACUGAUGACAUUUCAAGUGCACAGAAGCUUCAGGAGAUUCUGGCACAACAUAGUGCAGUUAGGGAAGGAAAGCCUGAGGGUUUUAACCUGAAGAAUACUGGUGAUGAAAUUCCAGGUCCUCAAAAGCAGCUACAGAACGAAGCAGUCAUUUCAUGUAAACGUCAAAAGAUAGGCAGUUCAGUGAAAGCUGAUAGUCCUUCGAAGGAGAUGAGAUAUGUUGAGGAUGAAGAUAAUCCAGCUUUCAAGCCAAGGAAAAAGCCUGUCCCAAGGCUAUUCAGGAAGAAGUUAUCGUAGGGCGAACAGAAAAUUUUCACAAUGUUCUUGCGGUAGGGCUAACAGAAAACUUCACAAUGUUUUGGGGUUAAAAAGAACGUAGACUUUAAAGCGUUUGCCACUUCCUACGUGAAACUUUUUGUAGUUUUGGAUUGUAGGUUGGAUGCUAUUCUUUCUUGAUGAGGUCAUUUUAAUGUGUUGAGCAUGGACUGGA